GGGCGCGCGCCGCCUCCUCCCGGCCCGCCCCGCCCGGGGUUCCCACGGCGCCCGCCCGCGCCCGGCGCCGCCCUCCCCGCCGCCCAGGCCUUUGGCGAACAUGGCGCUCGUCCCCUGCCAGGUGCUGCGGGUGGCCAUCCUGCUGUCCUACUGCUCUAUCCUCUGCAACUACAAGGCCAUCGAAAUGCCCUCGCAUCAGACCUACGGAGGGAGCUGGAAAUUCCUGACGUUCAUUGAUCUGGUUAUCCAAGCUGUCUUUUUUGGCAUCUGUGUGCUGACUGAUCUUUCCAGUCUUCUGACUAGAGGAAGUGGGAACCAAGAACAGGAAAGACAGCUCAAGAAGCUCAUCUCUCUCCGGGACUGGAUGCUGGCUGUAUUGGCCUUUCCUGUUGGGGUUUUUGUUGUAGCGGUGUUCUGGAUCAUUUACGCCUAUGACAGAGAGAUGAUUUACCCGAAAUUGCUUGAUAAUUUUAUCCCAGGGUGGCUGAAUCACGGAAUGCACACAACGGUGUUGCCCUUUAUAUUAAUCGAGAUGAGGACAUCACACCAUGCGUAUCCCAGCAGGAGCAGCGGACUGGCCGCCAUAUGUACCUUCUCUGUUGGCUAUAUAUUAUGGGUAUGUUGGGUGCAUCAUGUAACCGGGAUGUGGGUGUACCCUUUCCUGGAACACAUUGGCCCAGGAGCCAGAAUCCUCUUCUUUGGGUCUACAACCAUCUUAAUGAACUUCUUGUACCUGCUGGGAGAAGUUCUGAACAGCUAUAUCUGGGAUACACAGAGAAGCAUGGAAGAGGAGAAGGAGAAACCUAAACUGCAAUGAGAUCUAAGUCUAAACAGAAGAGCAGAAUGGAGCUACGACUGAAGACUCACUACCCCCUGGGCAUCGCUGAUGGAGGAGAGGAAGCUUCAGAGAAAAUGGUGGAACCAGCCUCUGCCUCCCUGCCCCAAAGGAAGGGAACACCUUUCAUGGAGACAUAUGUGUAAGAAUAGAAUAUGGAUAUUUCCAAAAUAACUUCCCCUCAAUUGUGUUUUAAAGAAUUCUUUCCAAAAUCAUUAUUGAUGAUAAGCAUCUUUUUUUUUCUGACUCUUCUAGUUUUUACAACUAAAAUUGGUCAUUGGAUUUUAAUUUUUGCAAUUGUAAUUCCAUUUAAUCAAGGAAGAAAAGAAUCCUAUUGUGUUUCUUGUUGAAAAAUAUGUGAAAAUCAAAGGGGCUGAUGUGAAGCAAAACAUUUGUGUAUUUAUUUUUUUCCUAUACUGAGUAACGUAAGCAUAAGCCUGGAGGAAAUGGGGCGGAUGUUCCCUAUUGCAAUAAUGUCACGAUUGCCUUAAACAGGCAAUGUUAGUAAUAAUUGCAUUGAUUUAGUCAAAACCCUGAGUGUACUUGGAUCUCAUGAUUUAACCUUGUGAACAUUUCCUAGAUGCAAGCUAUAACUUGAAUAAACAGCAAGUAACCCUUA